AUGAGCGGGGCCGGAGUCGCCUCCGCUGGGGCCCGGAGCCGGGAGCUGCUGCGGCUGCUGCGGUCCCUGGUGGGGGCGGUUGCCCAGGAUCCCCGGUACACGGUAACCCAGCCCAUGUCCCUGUCGGCGCCGGCCGGGGGCUCCGUCACCCUGCCCUGCGCCUUCACCUACCCCCGCGAGAUCGAGCCGCUGCGGGACCUCCGGGUUUACUGGAGACGAGGCGGGUACCAUGGCCCGUUUAUUUACAAUCACACCGAGGGGUUCACCCUCCCGGAUUACGGGGGCCGCAUCACGCUGGUCGGGGACCCGCAGGGGAACCGAACGGCCUCGAUCUGCAUCAACUGGCUGUGGAAGUCGGACGCCAGCGAGUACGUCUGCCACAUCAGGGUGCAGAAGAACGAUGGCCAAUGGUUCCAAUGGCGCGGUAACCCUGGGACCAGACUCACGGUGACAGCUCCCAGCCCCACAGACAGCAUGCGGCACCCAGAAAUGGUCACAACUGGCGUGGGGAGAACCUACCACCAACGCAUCGACGCCGUAAUCCUCGUCCUCAUCGGCCUCAUCCUGCUGCUUUUCAAGGCCGGCAUCUUCAUCGUGGUCUUUGCCAUGCGCUGGCGGCUGGGCUGGGGUCACGGCUCAGAGAGCGUCACCGGGAGGGUGCCCAGGAGCGACGCACCGUCAGCAUCAGGAUUUGAACUCACCUCCCUGGUGCAGAGCCCUUCGCCAGGCAUCCCCGGGGAAUGACACUGUCCAGCAGCAGUAGAAUGGCUGUUAUCCUCCAGCAAAACACCCACUAGCCAGAGCAGAGAGGGAUGGA